GGCUGAUGUGGUGGUAUUCAACUCGGUUUUUAACAUGGAGUCAUUUCUCACCUCUAUUGGAAAAUUUAUGAAGCUGAUUCCUGAUCACAGACCCAAGGAUCUGGAAAGCAUCAUCAGACCCAAGUGCCAAGUUAUUUACUUUCCCAUCAGGUUUCCUGAUGUGAGCAGAUUCAUGCCCAAGCACAAAACAAUCCAUCUACAGAAGAUUCUCAGCCUUAAAGGAAAUGGUGGUGCUGCUCCAUCGAUGGCCCCUGCUUUCCACCAGGAGCAGAAAGGUUCUGAGAAUCUAUUGAAGAAUUUUAAUUCAGAGUCUGGACCCUGUAAUGCUGCACAACAAGAAAACCUGGGUAGCUCAUUAACGCAGGAGCCAGACUUGAGAACGUGCCACUCAUCAGAUAAUUCGAGCUCUCUUCAUGAGGAAGAUAAACAAAAUACGACUUCUAGUCCCUGUGACAUUUUCGGUGGAAUUGACGAUCCACAAAGACCACUGCACAUCGUGUGGCCUCACAGGUGGGAACAUGAUAAAGAUCCAGAGAGUUUUUUUAAGGUAUUAAUGCACCUUAAGGACUUAGGACUCAAUUUCCAUGUGUCUGUCCUUGGAGAAACCUUCACAGAUGUCCCAGAUGUAUUUUCAGAGUCCAAAAAGGCAUUGGGAUCGUCUGUCAUACACUGGGGCUACUUACCCAGCAAAGAUGACUAUUUCCAAGUACUGUGCACGGCUGAUGUUGUCAUCUCAACAGCUAAGCAUGAAUUCUUUGGAGUGGCGAUGUUGGAAGCUGUGUAUUGUGGUUGCUACCCACUUUGUCCCAAAGAUUUGGUUUAUCCUGAAAUAUUUCCAGCUGAAUAUCUGUAUUCUACACCUGAACAGCUUUCAAAAAGGCUCCAGAAUUUCUGCAAGAGGCCAGAUAUUAUAAGAAAACAUCUUUAUAAGGGUGAAAUGACUCCUUUUUCUUGGGCGGCCCUACAUGGUAAAUUCAGGUCUCUGCUUACAACAGAACCUAGGGAAGAUUUGUGA